AUGGCCUAUGGUGUUCCUGCGGUCUACAUUGAUGAUAACUUGGCAAUGACAGAGAGCACUUCUAUCUUUUAUGUCAAACAAUUUGCCAAGGCUAUAGUAGAAGUGUUUGGUGCACAAUACUUGAGAGCUCUCAAUGCUCAGGACACACAAAGGCUGUUGAAAAAGUGCAAUUCACUCAAAAAAGAAUAUUCAUCCCAACCGCCGCGGGCGACAGAGACGGCCGCGGAGGAGUUCGCGCCGCCGGGGAAGGAGCGGCGGAGGAUCAGGAUGAAGGAGGAGCCGCCGCACCCGCAUGCCCAUGGCGCUGCCGCCGCCGCCCCUCCUCCUAGGGCACGGCUGGGAGAUGAACAUGGAUCUACUUCUGUGUAUCGUGUUGGCGCACUGGAGAAGGCGAUCGCAGGGUUUGCACAGAGGGAAACUGAGGCCGUGGUCAAUCCAACUGUUGGGAGUUCCUUCGUUUCUCUUGACGAGGCAUAUGAAUUCUACAACAUUUAUUCUUGGGAAUCUGGUUUCGGAGUUAGGUAUGGAGCGGGUAGUAUGGAUUCUCAUGGUACUAAAUGCAUACAGCAAUUUGUUUGCGCGUGUGAGGGGAAACCAACCAAGGAAAGCAAUUCAUUUUGUCGGUGUGAAUGCACAGCGUCGAUUCUUUUGCUGAGAUCCAGAGAUGGCGGAUGGCGCGUGUGCGAGCAUCAAGUCGGGCAUAACCAUCCACUAUCUAAGAUGUGUGUGCAGAGGUCAUCUUGGCAGUCUCACAGUAGUAUUGACAAGAACACAAGGGAAUUGAUUCGCCAGCUUAGGGAAAAUAAUGUGCCACACAUUUCUGAUAUUGAAGCAACGAACUCGCUGUCUGAUGAUAUCCAGAAGACUGGGAAAACCUUUGCUAGGAUCAAAGCAAAGGAUGCAACAUUCGAUUAUACCGGUUUGCAGCUUGAUAGUAACUGUAGAAUAAGGCCACUACUCUGGACCAGUGGCAAGGGCCUUCAGUACCAAUACUUUGGCGAUGUGAUUAUCUUCGACACCACCUACAGAUCGGACAAGUAUGGAGCGCCGUUCGGCCUUUUUGUUGGAGUCAACAACAACUUUGAGACCAUAUUGCUUGGUGGGGUGCUAAUGAUAGACGAGAAAAUGGAGAGCUACAAAUGGGUGCUUAGUCAGUUCUUCCAACUAAUAGGCCAGGAACACCCUAAAACUAUACUGACUGAUCGCUGCGAGGCAAUUGAGGAAGCCAUAUUGGACGUACUGCCAUCCACCACACACAGAUGGUUCAAGUGGAAUGUUCUUCGCAGGGCAAAGGACUACCUUGGUUUUCAUUGAGUAGCUUCCGAGUGGGGCUUCACAAAAUUCUGAACGACAUGCUGACGAGUGAUGAGUUUGAGAGGGCGUGGGAGAUGCUGCUAGAGAAGCAUGGAUUGGUGAAUCACCCAUUUCUGAAGGAGAUCUAUGAGGUGCGGCACAAGUGGGUCAAGGCAUACUUCAGUGACACGAUCUGUGCUACACUGACCAGCACACAAAAGAGCGACUGCGCGAAACGCUUUCUGAAACAACAUCAUGUUCCACGGGAUUGCUCAAUGGAGCUUUUCGCCGAACAGUACGAGAAACUGUGGUCCGAUCAACAAUGGGACUAUGGGUUUCAGGAGCAGAGGACUACUGUGGAUGAGACUGUUCUGAGAACAAAUCUGCCAAUCGAGAAGCAUGCCAGCGAGGUGUACACAAGACCGGUGUACGAACAGUUUGUGCAAGCCAUACACGAAUCCGAACCUUACGUGGUGGACGCAGUCGUGCCUAACUCAAGGUACAUAGCGCGGCAUCCCAGCAGUGAAACUAGGGAGAAUGGUCUAGGGUGGAAUAUGAGGUGAAUGUUAGAGAAGAUGGCGAAGCGUUCAUGUGCGUGUGCAAGCAAUUCGAGCACACGGGGAUGCUCUGUUGUCAUGCUGUCAAGGUGAUGAUCCACCUGGGCGUGCGUGAAAUACCAAGGCUACACGUCAUGCCACGCUGGACAGCCAAGCCGCUCCAGUGCCAGAUACACUGCCGUGGUGAACCUCGGACGGAGACGUGCCAGCAAUGCAGGCACUCCAUGCUGCAUGACAAGUUCUUAUACCUAGCGCGGCUCGCCUGUGAGGACGAACGGCUCUACAAGGUCGUCGCGAGGGGCCCCGACAAACUUAACAGAGAAUUGGCCGCAGAAAAUGCCGUGCCCCGCCGCCGCAGCACCAAGCGUUGAUUACUUCUUACUCCCGGAUGUCUGAAAGGUGAAAGCCCGUCCGAGGCCUCUGCAAUGCUUAAGGCAUGGAAGGAAGGAAACCAAGAUAUGAACUGACUUGGUUCUUUCUGGUUUAUUGUUUUUGUGAGUGUGGGUAAACCUCUGAGCCUGACCUCGUAUGAAGUAGGCUAGACCAGUAUUUUGCGUGUCGGCCCGGCACCGUAGGCAAAAUAGCAACGAUCAUGCAAGUUCAAGCGUGGACUGUGAGAUUCAGCUUGGGUCUAGAAUUGUUUCAUGAUUCA